AUGAUACAGAAAAAAUUUAAGAAACAAGAUCGACCUCAGUUUGAUUCGAAAUGUCGUAGAGGGCAUUCCAUACCCGAUGUGGGAUCAGAGCCAGAGAUUAUGGGUUCUACGAGAUACUACAUAAAGGUAGAUAUCCACGAGGUCAAGGAUGUCAUUUUCAAGGAACCCGAGACUGAGGCGGAAAUAAUUCCCAACCUUCAGAUAGAAACGACAAUCGGCUCUCUGAAGAGGGAGACUCAGAAGAAAGCGGGCUCUUCUAACGCGAUUUUCAACGCUUCCAUGAACUUUUCUCCGGAUCUGACGAAAGCAGAGUUUGAGAGAGCCAGAAUAAUAGUAACGCUGUACCACAGAUACACGUUCUCGAGCGGAGUUAUCGGACAUCACGCUUUCAGCCUUCCUCUGAUAUACUCGAAGCAGCAACACUGUAUUCUGAGGUCCUGGGUAAGGGUGUUUAACCCCGCGUUUCCUACACACAAUGCAGGGAGUCUGCUGGUCUCGGUUUUUGUGUCUGCGCCAGGAGAUAAUACGCCGUCGUACAAGGAGGCGGAGGAGUUGGCGGGGCAGAGCCUGGGAAACGAUCAGUCUCAGACGGGGAUAAGAUUCAGCAAAGUGCCAGAGAUGAACAUGAAGAGUUAUAUGCUGUACCUGAACGUGGUCUGCGGAAGAGAUUUUAAACCUCAGGGAGGAAUACUUAGCUCGACAAUUGAGCCUUAUGUAAAAGUAUCGCAUUUCGGAAUGAGUGAACAGACGCAAGUAAUAAGCGGAAGCAGAGACCCGGAGUGGCAAACCACAUUGUAUUUGCCCUGCAUAACGCCGUCAUACGACGAAAUGAUAACCAUUGAAGUGUGGAACGGAGAGUCGAAUGGAAGUUUAUUGCACUACGAAACAAUAGACCUAAUACACCUAAUCAACAACGAGUAUCCGCCCAGAUGGAUAAACAUUUACUGUCAGCCGAACACAUCAGACGUGUUGAAGGUGGUGAGAUCGUACGUGAGCGGUGGAGUGAACAGUUUGACGGACUACGGAGGAAGAAUACUCGUGAGUGCUUCAGCGGAACAGGUUCAAACAUUGUACGUAAAGGGGAUUAAGCCAUGCAGAUCAAUAAUGGUGCCGCCAAUCCAACAGAGAAUAAUCGCAGUAGAAUUAUACGAGAUAGUAGGACAGAAAGACGUGCCGAACAUAGUGAGAGUGGCAGUGACGCACGGACCGUUUUCAACAAAGAGCCCAAACUACCAGAGAAACAGAAACAUGUCAUACAAAGUGGACGAUAAAACUGGAAGAUUGACGCCCAUAGAACCGAUAUUUUCAUCCAAUGAUGACGGCGAUGUAUGGGACCUUUUCGUGUACGUCUACGACAUGAGCAACUACGGAAUGGAUAACAGGGAGAGGAUAGCGUGGGAAAGGAUACCAUACGAAAAGGCGAAGAUGUCGGAGGGGAAGCCGAUGUGGGUGUAUCUGAAUUCAUUCGAGCAGGCACAGACGGUCAAGUUUAACAUCCUGAUGUCGUUUGACAUCUCCUCGAACGUGACGAACUACACGAGGAAGGAAAGGCUUAAGUAUGACCUGACGCACUACGUCUUCAGAAGCAUGCUGUACGAAGCGCUGCACCUGCCGUGCACAGGCAACGACCAGUACCCGAACUCGUGCGUGGAAAUAGAACUGUCGAGUUACAGAAUAAAGUCGAGGGCAGUUAAGAGGAGCAUAAACCCGUACUUCUUCGAGUCAAACGAGCUGGAAGUGCAGCUGCCGUCAAACCUGUUACUGGCGCCGGACAUAAACAUAAACGUAUACGCAGUGAGCAGCUUCGGAGUAAACUACGACCAGCUGCUGUGCACGGGACAGUACAGUCUGUCUAAGGUGCCGAAGUCGUGGAACAAGGCGCCGCAGUGGCUGAAGCUGAAGUCGACGAUGAACUCGCUUCACAGGCCUAAGAUACUGAUGGCGUUCGAGUUGAUACAGUUCGAGGAGUACCGCAAAAACCCGGACAACUUCAGGUUCUUUGACGACAUUUUCCCCAGCACAAUACGCUCGACGCUGUCGAUGCUGUUAAUAGGAAUAAGGACCUUUCAGCCGCUGCAAAACCCGAAGGUGAACAUAAAGUUCAAGGACUACAACACGGUCUCCGGCAACGAAAAGGACAAAGGCCAGGACUCAUGGAAGGAAGACCAGGUGGGCACGACGGGGAAGGCAGUGAGCGGGUGCUACGGCAACUGGAACUACCUGACCUCGCACGAGAUCGAAGUUGACCUCCCGAAGAGAAUGCAGCACCACGCGUGCCUGGAGUUCCAGAUCACCUCGAGCGACAUGUCAGGCUUCUUUGGAACGACGAUACUGACGCUGAAUCAAUUUCUGCCCUGGCUGUCGGAAGAGGAGAGGAACACGAGCGUGGAGUUGUUUAAAAUGCAGUGCGCGGACGACUUUAGCUCGGCGGGGCAGUCGCAGAGCGAAGUGGUGACGACGGAGAAGAAGACCGAGGAGGUGAAGAACAUCAACGUGCAGGUGCUGGAGAAGAUAGACUUGGUGUCGCUGCACAAGUCGAAGUUCAGCCAAGAGAACGGGCACCAGAGCGAGCUCCUGAGCUCAUCGGCGUCGACGAACGACGGGUACACGUCGUCGGAGGCAAACGCAGAAGGGGAGGUGGACAAUAAAGCAAAGGAGGAGCUGAAGGAGGAAGAGGACGACAUGGACUUUGAGAUUCUGAUAGACGACAGCGCAAACGAGGUGGUCAGAGACGAGCUGCCGUACGAAAUGGAGUCGGAGUUCGACUGCGAGGACCUGCCGUACAUGAAGGCGCCGAUAGUGAAGUUUACGCCGACGGGAAUACCGGAGGUGAUAGGCACGCUCAAGUUCAUACUCUCGAUAACGGACAUAUCGAGGAAGUCGAGCUCGAAGACGAGCAAGGAGCUGGCUGCAAUCAGAGAGAGAAUAAACACGCAGAAGAGGAUGCUCAACGAGCUCUACAGCCAGGCGAAGGACCUGGUGGUGAGGACGUACGUGCUGGAGGCGAAGGGGCUCUACAGCAGCAGCAUCGUGUCGAGCUCGCCCGGAGACCUGCUCUCGAACCUGACGGGGGACGUGAUGACCUACGUGUGGAUCAGAAACGUCGACCAGGAGCAGUACGACCAGGGGAGCAACAACUACUCGUACCACUCGAAGAACAUGGGAUACCCGAACAGCAUCAGGGACACGAACAACGCGAAGAAGGGGCUGAAGCCAAUCUACAACAACUGCUACAACGUCAGCUGCAGCCUCCCGGAGAACAGCAUCCUGAAGAUCUCGAUCGUGAGCAAGGGCACGAUCAGCGAGGAGAUCAUCGGGACCACGUACAUCGACUGCGAGGACCGCUUCUUCAACAAGAACCUGCAGCAGCUGAUGCUCGAGGACUGCGCGCCCGUGGAGUCGCGCACGCUCAAGACCUACGGGAACGCGGGCGACCCGGGCGAGAUCACGAUAUCGCACGGCAUCCUCAGGCUCUGGCUCGAGAUGAUGGACCUGCAGACGGCGAAGGUGAAGCCGAUUCAGCACCUGGGCUCGCUGGAGCCGACCAACUACGAGCUGCGCGUGGUGAUCUGGAAGGCGCACUACUUCUCCGACGAGAACUCCACCGUCUCGCUCUUCGUGCGCGGCAUUUACCAGAACGAGCAGAGCGACAACUCGCAGGACACCGAGGUGCACUACCACAGCAAGGACAAGACCGGCGUUUUCAACUGGCGGCUCAAGUACCCGGUCUCGAUUCCCACCGAGUACACCGGCUUCAAGCUGCAGCUCUUCAGCUACAACAAGCUGAGCUCGAACGAGGUCCUCGGCGAGGCGAACGUGGACCUGGGCUUCGAGUUCCACAAGGUGCGCAAGAAGAACAGCAUCCACGCGAUCCCCAAGUUCACCGUGAACGUGUACAGUCUGCACAACAGCAGCAAGGUCGUGGGCAGCAUCGACGUGGAGAUCAGCAUUCUCAACGAGAGCGACAGCAAGCGGUACCUCGUGGGCAGCGGGCGCGAGCCGCCGAACCGCGACCCCUUCCUCCCCGCUGUCCUCGAGAACAGGUCCUGGGUUGACAUCGACGGCAUCACUGACACGAUUAAGAACGCGAGCAAGAAGCUCAUUUCCGGCGUCAAGUACACGUCGAUCGGGAUCCUGGUGGCCGGAGCCAUCGCCUUCAUCCUGAUUAUGAUGAGAGUGCCAGUGCACGGAGUCAUAUUGUACCAUAGUUAA